AUGUGGAAAUUGCAAUCUUUACCUCACUUUGAAUUGCUAUCUUUACCUCACUUUGAAUUGCCAUCUUUACCUCACUUUGAAUUGCUAUCUUUACCUAACUUUGAAUUGCUAUCUUUACCUCACUUUGAAUUGCUAUCUUUACCUCACUUUGAAUUGCUAUCUUUACCUAACUUUGAAUUGCUAUCUUUACCUAACUUUGAAUUGCUAUCUUUACCUCACUUUGAAUUGCUAUCUUUACCUAACUUUGAAUUGCCAUCUUUACCUAACUUUGAAUUGCUAUCUUUACCUAACUUUGAAUUGCUAUCUUUAACGCAUGUAUGA